AUGAUUUGUGAUAACUGCGGAGAAGUGUUUGAAGACGUUGAGAAUGAAAUAACGUGCCCAGUGUGCGGUGUGCUACAAAACAUAACGCAAACACAAACGGAUUUCUUCUCAGGAUAUUACGCACAGUCGAAGAGAGCAGGAAGAUUGACACAGCAAGCAGAAGACCUGGAAUUGAUUGGUGAAAUAAAGGAUGAUAAAAGGAUAAAGAGGUUGACCGAUAAGUUAGACGAUAAGCUGAUUGAGCAGAAGCUAGAAAGUUUAAAGCAGAAGGAGCUGUGUAUAAUAGUGGGACUGCAGGAAAUACUGAUGAACUUAUGUAAAAUACUGGUAAUAAAGUACGAGAUAGUACACCUGAUAGAGUCACACAGCAAGUAUCUGUGGAAACGGUAUCUAAUUCAUUAUUUUAGCAAUAUGAACGAAAGGGGAGCAGAUAGUGAAAGUGAGAGAGGGAAGAUGAGCAGGUCGCUGCAGGAGGACUACUGCACAAACGUUUUCACGAACUCAAUACACCCGAAAUCAGUGAACUCUCUGAGAACAGCUCUGAACUACUACCUGAAUAACGUACUGGCUUCGAGGAAUAAUAGCGAUAAUGAGGACAAAAGGUGCAGCAAAGGCGACUAUGAGUUGAAUGUGACGGUGCUGUGCAGAAGAAUAAUACACUUCACGAGGCUGCCAAACAUAGUGAUAAUAGUGGUGGAUAAACUAGUAAAGUAUUUGGAAUGCCAAAGUGGUAAUGACUGUGGUGGUAGUAGUACAAACGGUACUGGUAACAUAAAAGUUAAUGGUAGUGUAAAAGGAACAGGUAGUAGAAAAGGAGGUGAAAGAGGUAGGAGCGAGGAUAGGGAGUUGGAUGGACAAAUAUACGGUACUCUACUAGGGUACCCUAAAAACGUAAUAGGGUGUGCAAUAGUACUGAUAACAUGUAGAUUGCUGUGGCCAAUAUUCCACACGCAGCCUCCGGAGUUCGCAUCAAUAAGAAAGAGAAGAGCAAGUGCCAACAGCACGGCCGAUAGCUUUAAUAAUACCGAUGUUACAGAUACCGCUAAUACAAUUAAUGUUAGCAAUACCACUAAUAGCGCCAAUACAAGUAAUGCCAGCAAUAGCGCUAAUAAUACCAAUAACGCCAACAUUACCAAUACAAGUAAUGCCAGUAAUAUGGCUAAUAACGCCAACACCACCAAUAAAAGUAAUGGCGGAAGUGGUAGUACUAAAAAGAGUAAUGGAAAUAAAAAGAGUAAAAAAAGAAUAGUAAAGGUAGUGGAGACAAAUCCGAAGAGAAUAUACCACGACCGCAAAGAAAAUAGAUGGAGAAUAAGAACAGAUGAGGAAAUGGAUAGCAUAAGCGGUCAAAGUAGUGGGAACAGGAAUAGUAGCACCGGUGAUGAGGAAGAGAUGAAAAAAAUGAAACUUGAAGAUAUUGGAAACAUAAAUAGAUACGGAUAUGUAAAAGCGUAUUUAAAUGUACUAUACUACUACUACAGAAGUAGGAAGGGAAAGGUGGAAGAAAAAAAGCUGAGGGAUGAGUUGAAGAGAGAGUUGCUUAGUGAAAGUGACUUGGACAGAUUUAAGAAGUACAUAGUUGAAAGCUACAAGAAAAGUAACUUUAGCUCGUUCCUAUCGUCAAUAAUAUAUAGAUACACAACAAACCACUUUCUGCUGUUUAAGCUAUUACCAAUAUUUAAUAAGAAAACCAGCAGUAACAACAUGUACAAGCACCUGAUGGAUUAUUACGGUGGUUCCAGUGGCCUGUCCACCAGCACCUGUAAUACCAACAAUUCUCCCAGUAGAACCGGUGGUGACACCGAUUUACUGAACCUGAUAAGAGAUAACAUGGUCGGAAAUUGCGAAAUAUUCUACCUGAUAACGAGUCUGUUCAACAACUACCCGAACUACUCGGGCUUCUCGCCCGAAAAAAGCCUGGAAUUUAACCACUUCCUACUCUCAACGAGGGAUCAGAAGAGACAGAUAAUGAACAUGGCGAGGGAGAUAAAUGAACCUAAAAGUAAAAGAACAAGGAGCAGUGUCAGCGUUAAUGAUAGUGCCACGAGUGGCACUGGAGAUAGGGAUGGUGGCGACAGCUGUGAAAGUGAAACGUGCAACCUGUACGAACACGAGUUGGAGAGGAUGGAAAACAGCUUUCAGGAAUUGGGGAAAGUGACGGAGGUGGGAUUCACGCUGCCCCCGAAGCCGUUUAACCUAAAAAACAAGUCAUACCGGGUUGCCCGUGCUCUACCUGUUGCUACUCAAGUCAAUAGCCAACUUCGUUGGAGUUGCACACUACCGAGUCCACCAAUGCGUGGUGGAAGUCGAAAACUUUCUAAUAAAUCAAACAAAAUGAGUAGUGCAUUUUCAUAUGUUUGUGUAUUUGAUGUACAAUGGCCGUGUGUGUAG